AUGUCUUCCUCCCCUCCCUCCCCCAUCGACGAAAAACAAUUCGAAGCCAACGGCACCACCACCACCCACUCCAAUGGCGCCUCCUCCAGCGACGCUGGUCGCCUCCACGCCCUCGACCAACUCGAGAUCCUGCCCCAAAUCCUAAACGAGGGCAUCCUCUUCGCCGGCUCCGGCGCCGCUCUCCUCCUCCAAGCCGCUCUGCCCGCCAUCCGCGAUACCGAACACCCUACCGGCGGCCACAAGGCCCUAGCCACCGAGCUUAUCGAUGCUCUCCAGGCCCACAUCAGCUACAUCUCGACGCUCGUCUUCGGCAACCGCGGCGAACGCAAGACCCUCCUCGACAUGCUGCAACGCGGCGAGGCCCCCGGUCUAGGCGGUGGUCGUAAUAACCGUUUCGCGCAUCAUCCAGAGUUACAGCUAUGGAUGGCGGCGACUCUCUACGCGACCGCGACGGACUUUUAUCAGCGCGUCUACGGCCGUGUCGAUUAUCAGACUGCCCAGCGCGGUUACUCCGAGUUUACCCUGUUGAUUAGUUACCUGGGCGUGCCGCCGGGUACAUGGCCCGAAUCCCGCCAGGCGUUCUGGACCUACUGGGAUGAGCAGAUUGCCAAGUUGGCCGUCUCGACUGAUGCCGCCCAGUUUGCGAAGGAUCUGCGCGAGAGUACCGAGAUGCCUGGCUGGGUGCAAAAGUUGAAGCCGUUCCUGCGCGCGGUUACUAUUGAAAUGCUGCCGCCGACGCUGCGGGAUGCGUAUGGCUUGCGCUCAACGGGGAGUACCCGGUUCUUGUAUCGGACUUGGAUGGGUUUCUCGACUGCGGUUUAUCCGGCUAUGCCGAAUAAGGUACGCUCGUAUCCGUUGAAAUAUUAUAAGGAGCGACUGCGGGAGAAGUUGAAUGUGGUUUAG